AACUAGGGGCUGUCUUGUCUCCAGCAGGCACUGGAUGGCGCUGCCGUCAGUUUCAUCGGUUUCAUUGUGACAGACUGGUCCCCAACUAGCGCGACCGAGCAUGUAAAGUUGAUUGAUAAAUAGGCCAAAGGACCGGCCAGAAAGCGAUCAAGAUGAGCGUGUGCUUUCUAACGGCGUCGCUACUGGAUUGCAGCAUCGAGCCGCAGCUGUAUUUCCAAAAUCGAACGUGAAAAGGGAGGCGGGCGGCGGCAGCGGGGCGAACUGCGCCACCCUUCCCCGGUGCUCCUGGCAGGGCAUGACCAAUCCGGGCAGCCCUUACCAAGGUUGCGUCGGACAGGGCAUGAACUUUGCAGAGCACCCCUAUGAGGGCCGCACGGGAAGCCAGCCCGGCGGGGGCUACCCCUACCAGGUGCAGUACCACCCGUCCCCCAGCCCGCAGUACCCGGCCGCCCAGCACUGCGUGGGCGGCGGCCCGCCUUACGGCAACGUGCAGGGCCACCUGGGGCAGUUUGUGCAGCGCCAGCAGUACUCGCCAGACAUGCGCUACACGCCGUGCCACGCCCCCGCCUACCCCAGCUCCCCGGCACCUCCGCACGCCAAGCCGGCGCCAAACUGGUCGUCGCCCGACCACCACGGUGGCAGCUUCCCCCAGAUGAUGGCGCCGCAUCGCUCGCCAGCCGGGAACCAGCAGAUGGCGAGCUAUCGGCCCAUGGUGGGACCGCCGCCCCAGAGCCACUCGCCGUCGUGGUCGCAGUCACCGCGGACGACGCCCUCGCCGCUGGCGUGCCACGCGAGGUCGCCCGUGGCGACGCAGCCACCCUUCUCGCCGCCAACGCCGGCACCGACGCCGCAGCUCCAGGCACAGCAGCAGCAGAGCGCCGCAUCUCCGUGCGGUGGUGGUGCCACGGUGCACGACCCCUUGCAGUCGCUGGAAAAAAUGGUGCUCCUCGAACCGCAAGGCGGCGGUGCGUCUUUUGGCACCGGCGGCGGUCCCGAAAUGGUGCCGCACCAGCAACCGUACGUGCACGGUGCCGGUUCGCCAAGCUCGCCAUUUCCCACCUAUUACAACAUGGACCAGAACCGCAUGUGCACGCCGCCGGGUGGUGGGUACGGCGACGCGAGUUGUUACCGCAGCGUCGGCGCGGCGUCAAACGGGGCGCCCGCAGAUGCGAGGACCGCAGGUGCCGCGACGGGAUUGUACGGCGGUGGUGUCAAUGGCGUCUUACCGGCGGGCGGUGGCGGUUAUUCGGCGGAUCCACAGUGCGCGCCGACGGCUCCUCCUCCGUGCCUCACAGGGGGCGGUUGUGGCAGCGCGGGGAGUGGUGCGGCGGCGGGGGAGUACGGACCCCCGUUCAACGCUUCAACGACGCCACCCGUGUCGGCGCGGGAACGCGAGGACCUUGCGAAACGGCGGCGGAGUUCCGAUUCUGUCUUGUGUGGGCGCAUCGUCGCGGCAACAAUGGAGGACGGCGCAGAGGGGCCGAACAGGAAACGGCGUCGUAGCACGGCUGGAAUCGUCCCCGACGCGCCACCGCAUCCGCUGCCGACCCAGAGCGCGAAUCCGGCACGGCCAGUCAAGUUGGAGCCGGAGACGAGCGGUUCGGAGGCGGACCGGGAGCGGGAGCCAGCCAGCGAGGUGUCGAGUGUCGGGACGGACAGCGCGGUGGCCACCUCGGACGCGGCCUCGCCGGCCAAGCGGAAGCGCGGGCGGCCGUUCGGUGCCAAGAACAAAGUCAAGGAGGGCGGCGCUCCCAAGGGGCGCCGGAAACCGGACGCCCGCAAGUUGGACGCCGUGCCAGUGACGACUCCUGCGGCGACCACGCUUGCACCCAGGGGCAAGCUGUCCGGGCCUUACGUGAGGGUGGUGGGGACGCGGGAGCGCCCCGUGUCGACGUCGGUGGUGAACGUGGCCCCCCGGUCGGCUGCAGAGGAGGAGGUGCGGCGCAAGAAGGGGGCGUCGACGCCCGGGCAGCGGAGUUUGCACGGGGCGCGGCGGCUGCCGGGGGCGGCUGGCGGCCACACGAGCACCCUGUCGCCUCACUACGACGCGGUGACAAGGGAUCCGACGUGGCUGUGCGCCUUCUGCCACCGGGGCAGUCACCACCAGGGCCUGGGCGACCUGUAUGGGCCCUACCCGGGGAUUCCCGCCCGCCUCCCGACGGAUGCAGCCACGGACGGGGCCUUGGGCUGCGAGGACGGCUGCCGCCGGGGCAAGGGCAAGCGGAGAAAGAGCGACUCCGGGUCGGAGGACGCCCUUGCCAGGGCCUCGCAGGCCAGCCGGAGAGCUAGACAGCGGAGGCCAAGCGAGGUGGAGGGCGGCCCCGCGGGCGAGGCCUGCGGAGGAGCGUCGCGCGAGCUGUGGGUGCACGAGGCCUGUGCCACCUGGACCCAGGGGGUCUACCUGGGGGGACACCGGGUGCACGGCCUGCAGGAGGCGGCUCAGGAGGCUGCCCUCCUGGCGUGCUGCAAGUGCAAGCUGCCAGGGGCUUCCGUGGGCUGCGUCACGAGGGGCUGCACCGAGAAGUACCACUACCAGUGCGCCGUCGAGAGAGGUUGUCACUUAGAUUUCGAGAACUUCUCGGUACUGUGUUCGAGACACAAAGCCGGCUGGAAGCCGGCGGCAUAGGGUAGCCAUCGGAAGCCAGCAGGAAACUGGAUUGGAAUGGACUAGAGGAAACGACUACCGGAAGAGGUCCGUACAAAACGUCGACAGCAACCAAGCUGGAGCCUCGGCAUUUGCGGAAAAGCUCGUCUGCUUCCUCCAGUUCGACGACGACCAUUUUGUUGUCAAGGUGGCUGCCACGAUGGCCAGGCUUCCAUUUUGAGUGCUUUCUCACGUGUACCUCCAUCCAGGUGCAUUCUUGGGGAGGGCAAAGGGCAUCCAAUGUUUGCAGACGGCAACAGCUCAAGGGACGGACCAGUAUGGACUGCAAAACGGAGCUUUUGGAGUAAACGGGGACGAGCAAUUGCGCCUCCACAAACGAGCGAUAGUCUUUUUAAUAAUUUUUUUUUUCUUUUACAUCGUGCAUUCUAAAAAGUUACCUCAACCCAUCAUAAUUUUGCCAUCAGAUAGAAUCAUUUCUCGCGUUUAUUUCCGUUUGUACAUAGAAAUUUUUGUUUGUCUCGAAGGCAACAAAGGUGUUGGCUUUUAAAUAAAAUAGCCCGUACUGACAA